GUUCUCGCAUCCCUCACGAAGUCACUCUCUUCUCUUUCUUCCCAUUUUAUUUCCUUCAUCGCAAGGUCUGCCUGAAAUGUCAGAUUUUCCAUCAUCAGCCAGGCCGGGGAAGCUCCUCGCCAUCAUCGGCGACGAGGAUACAUGCGUGGGUUUCCUCCUCGGCGGAAUCGGACAACUGGAUAAACACCGAAAAUCCAAUUUCUUCGUUGUCGACAAGAGUCUGUAUCCUUCUGCCACGAACAUCGAGGAAAUUGAGAAUGCUUUCCAGCAAUUCGUGAAGAGGGACGACGUCGACAUCAUUCUCAUCAAUCAACACGUGGCGGAAGUGAUUAGGAACGUGAUCGACAGGCAUACGUCUCCCAUCCCGGCAGUGUUGGAGAUCCCUUCAAAAGACUACCCUUAUGACCCAAGCAAGGAUUCCAUUCUACGACGAGCCAAGGGAAUGUACACGGCCGAAGACUUCCGCUGAUGAUCCUUCACUUCAGCCGUUAUAUAGUCCAUUCCACGCCAACAUAUAAUCUCAGUCCUAAUAAAUUCAAAGUCAUCAUGUAUCG